AUGACGGCAUUGCCUUCACUCGACAAGCGACCCCUCGAACCAUCGUCUCAGAAUGGCACGUCACCCCUGCAUCGUGUCGGCAUGCUGGACUUGCUGCAUCGAGACCCACGACCAACCUUCAUUAUCGACACUUCACCAGAUAGCUUAGCUGCUGAGAAUGGAUGUCUUCUGGAAUACUGGAAUUCGGCCAUGGCUGCAAUCGACCCUGGAGGCUUGUUGCAACAAUUAACCCGCGAUGGCGGCACGUCUGGUGUUAACCAAAAGGGCUAUGCUCCUUUCAUCGCGUUUCGAAGCUGGUCUCUGGAACAGGACACGACGAGUAAACCUUUUCUCUACCACGGAUUCAAUUGGACGAGGGUUCACGUGGCUGACCGGUGGAACGUCAUUAGCGGUAUCUCCGCUGCUACAUGCGCAGAAGGGGAAGGCUCCGAAAUGAUGCCUUUGAGUCGAAAGACGUCCAAACGAAAAGCACCAAACUUCGAUUGGACAGAUGAGCUUCCCCCUGUGCGGUUGACACCACAUGCGGCGUGGGCGCGCAGUAUCGAUUGGGCUUCUACGCCUCUUGGGCCGAUGUCGUCCUGGCCAUCUCAACUACGGAGCAUUGCCAACCUUGUCAUGCAGGAUCCAAGACCAGCGGUAGUUUUUUACGGACCGGACCUGAUUAUGAUCUAUAACGAAGCAGAGAUAGAGCUCUUGGGUGGCUUUCAUCCUUGCAUGGGAAUGAGUGCUCGCGUCGCUCUUGCUUCCGUCUGGGCUGAAUAUUUUGAGCCCAUCAUAGAUACGAAUCUGGCGGGGGAGACGGUGGAGAAGACUAACACGGUUAUACAUAUGGUGCGGAACGGCUUCAUGGAAGAAACUUACUUUUCGCUAAAGUUCAUACCUAUAUUCGAUUCCGAGGGCGUCACAGUUGGACAUUAUGAGCCUUUGGUAGAGACGACCAAACAAGUCAUCACGCAAAGACGUUCACGCACACUAUUGGAGCUAAGCGAGGAGAUACCAAGGGCGCGCAACACAGACACUUACUGGGUCCUUGCGACCGAAGUCCUAUCUCGCAACGACAAAGACGUUCCAUUUGCUUUGCUAUACUCAGCCGAAGCCGACGGCCACGGUUCAGAAUCAAGCAGAACGCGGUUUUCCGAUACCAACCAGCAACACUGCAAGCUGCGCGGCUCUUUCGGUCUGCCGAAAGGUUCACCAGCAGGUCCCGAUAAUCUCGACUUUCAACAAGACCACGGAUUCACGCCGUACUUUCGCCAGGCACUCACAGCCCGAAAGCCGAUCAUAAUUCGGUUCGAUCAGGAUCCCAUGGCUGCAGACUUGGUAAAAGAUGUUGACUGGCAGGGCUUCGGUGACCCUUGUCGAGCGGCGGCCAUCUGUCCAUUGAACCCGACCUCUUCGAAGGAUAACAUCCUUGGCUUUAUGGUCCUUGGCAUCAAUCCUCGCCGUCCGUUUGAUGAAGACUAUCUCCAGUUCAUUCUAGUCGCAAGCCGAUUGUUAUCUACAUGCUUGACAUCAAUUCUACUCCAUGAAGAGGAUAUCGGGCGCCGAGAGCGGACUAUUGCUAAUGCCGAAGCGAUGAAAUUCCAACUCAAGCACCAACUGACGCUUUCUCAGCAAGAGUCUGAGCGGAAUUUGUCCAAGUUCAGACGCUUUGCGGAACGCGCCGAUAUUGGCAUCUUCCUAAUAGGUAUGGAUGGUGUCUACUCGUACAGGAAUGAGGCUUGGUUCGAGAUGCUGGGCCCGGUGGACCCUUCGACUGAUCUGGCCGAUGCAUGGGAAAAGAUCAUUGACGACGAGUUCAUUGAAAUGGGUCAAUCGAAGUUUGAGGAACUGGUAAAGACCAAGCAGCAUCAGUCAUUCGAGUUGCGUCUCAAGAAGAGAUGGAACGCACCCAGCCAGAAUCUCGAUGAUACAUACCCCGAGAAAGAGCCAAUGUGGGUCAUCACAUCGAUAUUCCCCGAGCUCAACGACGAGGGAGAAGUGAUUGAGAUUAUCGGCUGCUGUACCGACAUCAGUCAGCAAAAAUGGGGCGAGAAGCUGCAAGCUACGCAGGCAACAAGAGCUCGAGAGUCCAAGCGCAGCCUGGAGAACUUCAUUGAUACAACGUCCCACGAGAUGCGGAAUCCGCUUUCUGCAAUCGUUCAAUGCGCGGAUAGCAUCAUCGCAGCGCACAAGAGCUUCGGCAAGUCGACAGACUACCAGAAGGUGUACCAAAGCAUACUGGAGACUACCGUGGACGCUGCCGAGACUAUUGUUCAAUGCUCGAAGCACAUGAAGACGAUUGUGGACGAUGUGCUUACCAUGUCUAAACUAGACUCUGGAUUAUUCGUCAUGACCCCCGUCGACGUCAAGUUCGAUUCCAUCGCAAGAGAUGCAGUCAAGAUGUUUGAAGGCGAGGCCAGGUCCGCAGGCGUAGACUUGCGGUUCCAGCUUGAAGAGUCGUGCAAGAAGAUCAAAAUCGACCAUGUAUCGCUUGACCCGACAAGGGUGUUGCAGAUACUCAUUAACCUCAUCACGAAUGCUAUCAAGUUCACGCGGCUAGAGGAAAUACGUGAAAUCUCCGUGAGCCUGGGCAUCUCCCUUGAGCAGCCCACUCACAGCUUCAGUGUGCCAUUCUCGCGCACCUCGGACGCUUCCGAGGCAGCGACACUACAGGCGGAUUGGGAAAAGGGCGAAAUCGUCUAUGUCAUCUUUUCCGUGCAGGACACGGGUCGUGGCUUGAGCGACGAAGAACACGAGCUUCUCUUCGCUCGCUUUUCCCAAACCUCUCCACGAACACACAUCGACUAUGGUGGUUCCGGCCUCGGUCUCUUCAUCUCACGACGCCUCACCGAGAUGCACGGCGGCGCCAUUGGCUUCGCAUCCAAAGCGGGCGUCGGCAGCACCUUUUCCUUUUACGUCAAGAGCCGCAGGAGUGCCUUGCGUCCCGACUUCAACCGCACGCAGAGCGAUGCCGCCGUCAGUUUGAGCAUACGCGCCCAGGAAACGCUGCUUUCAAGUCGAGCCCGCAACGAGACGGACGAACCGCUGCUCGAAUCGGCCGUUCUUGCAAACGACAUACCGCACAAGGACCUCUACGUCCUCAUCGUCGAAGACAACCUCGUGAACCAGCGCGUCCUCGCCAAGCAGCUGCGAAACACGGGAAUGCAAGUCGCUGUGGCGAAUCACGGAGGCGAAGCGCUGGACUAUUUGCGUACGACAAAGUACUGUAUAUCGGAUGGCUCUGGCAAGGCUCUCGCGCUCAUUCUAAUGGACUGGGAGAUGCCUGUCAUGGAUGGGUUGACGUGUGUUAGGAAUAUCAGGGAGUUGCAGAAGGAAGGGGUCGUAAGAGCACACGUACCCGUCAUAGCAGUGACGGCUAAUGUGCGGAGUGAGCAGGUGGAGGUGGCACUCAAAGCAGGAAUGGACGAUGUGAUUAGUAAGCCAUUCAGGAUACCAGAGCUCUGUGCUUGCAUACAGAAGACGUUGAGGAACACGGCUAGGGCGUAG